CCCAAGUUCUGGGAUUAAAGGCGUGCGCCACCACCCAGCAACCAUUAACAUUUACUAUGGAAACCAUUACUAACAUUUACUAAGUAAGGUUAACAUUUUACUCUGCAUUAAUUUUCCAGCUGAGAGGUAUGCAGUCUUGGAUGUAAAUUAAGCAUUCAGAAAUGUGCCAUCAUAUGCUGAGUUCUUUUGUGUGUGUGUGUGUGUUGUUAUUUAUGUAUUCAUUCAUUCAUUCAUUCAUUCAUUCAUUUUCGACAGAGUUUCUCUGUGUUACAGGUCUGGCUGUCCUAGUACUCAUUUUGUAGAUUAUUCUGGCCUUGAACUCACAGACAUCUGUAUGCCUCUGUCUCCUUAGUGCUGAGAUUAAAGGCCUGUGCCUUUUUAUCCUUUGUCUUACUCAGCUUUCCCUAGUCCACUCCUAUGUCUUGAUUCAGUAAGACUGGAGAGCACAAGCUUCUUCCUCUCCUCACAGUCGUCCUGCUAAUGCUGUUCAUUUUUUCCUCUGUACUGUACUGUUAGCCCGUGUAUAACACAUGUGAUCUCCCCCCCCCCUAAUAUUCUACUUCUCUCCAGCUAGAAAUCGCGGUUUUAUCCAGGAAAAGAAGAAAGACAUAGUGGUUUGCUGGUUUUGUGAGUUGGACAUGAUCUGUAAAAUGUUUUAUUUCCUGGGUUGUCAUGGAAAAUAUCUAUGGUUUUUCUAUGUACUUUGCCUCUGGUUAUGAUCUACAGUGCUCCUUGGGUACAUGACCUGUGUUGUUACACAACUUUCUUCAAGUACACUUCCUUUGCUGUAAACUUUAAGAGCCAAUGUUUCUGAGUGCAGUGCUAUGUUCUAUAGUUAUUUUCUGUUACCACUUUAAACAUAUCCUUCUCUUUUCUCCUGUCUUUAGGGAUGGUAACAAGACCUCUGGUAUCUUUCUGGUGUUUCAGGCCUUUUAUGUGUUUUUGCAUUGUCCAUAACAGUUGCAUUAAUUUUAGGUUCAUGUUUUUGAUGUCUUGAUGUGAAAUGUCAAGAAGAGUUCUGGUGUUUGUUCCUGAGACAGAAACUCAGAGAAGAGCAACAGGAAAAAUGGAUGCUUCUAUAAAUGCUCCCCUGGGUCUAUUGACAUUCUGGGAUGUGGCUGUGAACUUCUCCCAUGAGGAGUGGGAAUGUCUGGACUCUGCUCAGAGGGCUUUGUACGUGGAAGUGAUGUUGGAGAAUUACAGCAAUUUAGUCUAUAUAGAGAACCAUCAGAAGUGUAAGUACGGGAAGGUCCUGGAUCGAGGCUCAAAGCAUAUUGUGCAUCAUCAUGUGACUAUCCAAGAGAAGUCUUACAACUGUAAUGAGCUUGGCGAAAGUCUUCACAGAUCUUCCCAGUGUACACCUCAUGACACAAGUGAUUCUGCAGAAAACUACAAAAACAACACAUGCAGUAACUACAGGGAUGCCUCUCCUGAAUUGUCACACCAAAACAAUCAUAAGAACAUGAACACUGAAGAAAAACCCUGCAGACUUAAUGACUGUGGCAAUUCUUUAAAGUUGUGUUCCACUGUUAGUCGAAAUGAAAGAAUACAUCCUGGAAAGAGAGAACACAAAAAUUCAGAGGAUGAUAAAUCUUUUGACUCUAAACGUAAACCCAUGCUACGGCAGAUCUGUAAUGAAAAGAAACCACACCAAUGCAGGAGAUGUAAGAAAUGCUUCAGGACUUACUCACGCCUCAGUAAGCAUCAGAUGAGAUAUACUGGAGAGAAAACUUACAAAUGUACAGAAUGUGGUAAAUGCUUUUGUAAUUCAACAGCUUUCAAAAGGCAUCAUUACAGAAUCCACUCUGCAGAGAAACCUUACCAGUGUGACAAAUGUGGGAAAACCUUCUUUUCCUACGCAUACCUUAGAAAUCAUCAGAAAAUUCUUGGAGAGAGGCCUUAUGAAUGUAAGCAAUGUUGUCGUUCCUUCUGUACUUUGUCACGCCUUGAAAACCAUUACAGAACCCAUAGUGGAGAGAAAACUUACAAAUGUAGUAAAUGUGGCAAAUCUCUUUACACCUCCAAAAGUCUUAAAAGACACCAGAGCAUUCUUGCUGAAGAGAAAGGUUAUGAAGGUAAAGAAUGCAAAAUGCUUUUACGGGAUGUAUCAGGUUAAAAACCAUUACAGAACCCAUGUUGGAGAGAGACUUCAUGCAUGUAAUGAUUGUGGCAAAUGCUUUAGCCAGCUGAAACAUCUAAGAGUCCAUCAGAAAAUUCAUACAGGGGAGAAACCUUACAAAUGUGGUGAGUGUGACAAAUCCUUUGUCAAGAAAUGCAACCUUAAAACCCACCAGAGAAUUCAUACAGGAGAGAGACCUUACAAAUGUGGUGAAUGUGGUAAAACCUUUAUCCAAGUAGACCAUCUUAGAACUCAUCAGAGAAUACAUACAGGAGAGAAACCUUACCAAUGUAGUGAAUGUGGCAAAUCCUUUACGAGGAAAUGCUAUCUUAGAACUCAUCAGAGAAUACAUACAGGAGAGAAAACUUAGCAAUGUAGUGAAUGUGACAAAUCCUUUGUCCAGAUAAGCCAUGUUAGAACUAUUCAGAGAAUACAUACAGGAGAGAAACCUUAAAGUGUAGUGAAUGUGACAAAUCAUUUGUCAAGAAAUACACCCUUAGAAAACACCAGAAAAUUCAUGUGGGAGAGAGAAUGUACAACUGUGAUGCGUGUGGCAAAGUCUUUAGCCACCUCUCAGGUCUUACAAGACAUAAGAGAAUUCAUACUAGAGAGAAAACUUUCCAUAGUAAAUUAUAUGGCAUGUGCUUUAAGCAGAGCUUUCUCCUUAAAACCACAGUAGGUUCCUCAAAAGAGAAUCAUUAUGAAUGUGAGAAACUUGUGACUUGGUGGUAUUUUCUUUGUACUGAAAAGUGAUUUUAAUUGUAUGUUAAUAAAUAAAGUUGCCUGGGGGUCAGAGCUAUUAGA